GCGUGGUUGUGUGUCAGUUUCGCUGGGACCCGCGGUCGAUGCCGGUGAGGAGGGGGAUGGGCGCCUCUGCGAGUGUAAGGACCCGAGACAGAAUCAGAGCCCUGUAUCACAUACAGCAGCAUAUACCCCAUUAAAAAUAGCGACUGUAUAUAUACAAUGCACUAAAAUACAUGGAUUUAUCCACCUGGGAUCUAUAAUAGACACUCAAUGGAUGCAGUGCACCUGAAAAGGACAGGGAAUUUAACUUUCCGCCUAUGCAUAGGAGACGCUGAGAAGUUUGUUUCUUACCCCUGGAGAGGGAGCUACUUUUAAGGGUAAAGGAUACAGGAGACUCCGAGGCUGAUCUGCAGGCCUACUGGUCUGGUUGGAUUUGAUGUUGGGAUACUCUAAGGACUUCCCACUCUAUAUGCAUUUGCCUCGUUUGUUCAAGUUUGGAAUGCCUCUUUAGGUCCCCCAUGACCGUGAGCCGUGGGCUACGGCUCAGCGGCGCCCCACCUCUGGAGUGGUUUGUUGCUGCAUUCGGGACCCUGUGAUUCCUCUCCACACCUCCCCCCACCCCCCUUCCCAUCCUGUCCCUCCCCUCCCCCUCCUCCCCCUCUUCCCCCCCUCCCACGCGUCGCUGUGCCGGACGUCAUGAGCAUAGUAAUCGCGCUGGGAGUCACCACACCUGAAACGUCUUACUCAGAUAUGGCUGCUGGAUCAGACCCUGAGUCAGUUGAAGCAAGCCCUGCUGUGAAUGAAAAAAACUACAACCACAGCUGUGGGAGUGCACAGAGUCAUGGGUAUCGGGGUCUACCAUAUGCUAUGCAACAGUCUUCCGUUGUGUGUUGUCAGGAUCACAACUAUGGCGCGCCCCCUCCCCCUACCCCACCCGCCUCCCCGCUCUCCCAAACCAUCAUUCCCCGUAUGGAUCUCAACGGCGUGGUACGGAGCUCCCGCUACCACGAAACCACCGAGGACAACUCAGCGGACAGCGACAGCUCCUCAGAGGAGGACGGGGCUGUGGCCAACUGGUGUCAUUGCAGCCUGACGCCCGACGGCCUGCUCAUCAAAUGUGACAACUGCAGUGGCAGGGGACUCGACAGGAGGAAAGGGGCAGACGGCCAGCAUAGAAAAACAGAGAAUGUCUCAGCUGGUGAGAGCAGUGCCACUGAGAGUGGUGACGAAGAGGUGUCGCCCUCCACUGUCUCUUACACCGCCACCCAGCAUACGCCCACCAGCAUCAAACUCACUGUCAACCGGGUCAAAAGGAGCAAAUCCAAAAAAAGGAAGAAGAGCACAGAGAAGGCGCAUGGAACGCCAAAGGGCAAGAAAGUCAAGGCUUUCAGAGAGGGCUCCAGGAAGUCCAUGAGGAUGAAGAACUCCACAACGGAGGCCAGUGUGCUGGAUGAGAACACAGCAGAGGGCUGGGAGAGCAGGAUCCGCCAGUGGACGGACCAGUAUGAGGAGGCUCUGAUCAACCAGUACAGCGCUGACGUCCAGACGCUGCUCGAGCUGCACCGCGCUGCCAGCAACACCGUCUCUAAGGUGGAGAGCGACAGCGCCACCCCCCCCUGCACUGCACAGAUCCAUGCCUCAGGCGACGCAAUGGACACCAUCAACCGCACCGAGCUGGCCUGCAACAACACCGUGCUGGGCUCACAGAUGCAGCUCCAGUUGGGGCGGGUAACUCGGGUGCAGAAACACAGGAAGAUCCUCCGCGCAGCCAAGCACCUGGAACCAGACACACUCAUCAUUGAGUAUCGGGGGAAAGUCAUGCUCAAACAGCAGUUUGAAGUCAACGGGCAAUUCUUCAGAAAACCAUACCCGUUUGUGCUCUUCUACUCAAAGUUUGAUGGUGCUGAGAUGUGCGUUGAUGCAAGGACCUUUGGGAAUGACGCCCGCUUCAUCAGGAGGUCCUGCACACCCAACGCUGAGGUCCGGCAUAUGAUUGCUGACGGCAUGAUCCAUCUGUGUAUCUACGCUGUCAGUCACAUCACAAAGGACGCUGAGGUCACCAUUGAAUUUGACUACGACUUUAACAGCUGUAAUUACAAAGUGGACUGUGCCUGCCAUAAGGGCAACCAGAACUGCCCGGUGCAGAAGCACAACAUGAGCCCUAGGGAGAGCUUGCUCAGCAGCCCUUCCCUGCCACCCCCCUCCCCUCUGGUUGGAGCUGAGACCCGACGGAGGAAAGCCCGGAGGAGAGCGACGGAGAGCUGCGUCUCUGGUGACAGCAACCAGAACCUUGACCAGCCCCAGGAGGCCAAAGACCUGCAGGUCACCAGCGACACAGAGGAGCGACUGCAGGCUGAGCUGAAGGCCGAGGAGGGAGAGGUGGAUGAAAAUUGGGUCGUCUCCAAUAAAAGAAUGUGUAGCAGUGUGGAGAGGAGGCGUAAGAGAGUGGGAGGAGCAGAGGUGAAGGAGGAGGGUGGGGAAAGUGAAGACGGGGCAGGAAACCCUGCUGGGAACACUCCUAUCCCCCCCACCACUGGAGUGGGGGUCAGCACACGGCGCACCUCCUAUGUCAUGGAAGUGCCACCUAUAGAGGAGAAGACCUCAUCUCCCACCCUGCCCGCUCCCCCCGCCCCACCUAAACCCGCACGACCCAACAAGCCUCGGCCCAAAAGUCGUAUCUCUCGCUACCGGUCCAGUUCCUCCCAGCGUGCCCGGCGGCAGCGCCAAGCUAACGCCCAGCUAGCAGCCGCUGCUGCUGCGGCCGCAGCCAUGGCAGCGAUGCCAUCGUCAGCUGAUCAAGGAGCCUCUCUGGACGAUGAGGCGUCUCAGGGCCCAUACGGUGCUGAACAUGGCCACGGAGAGAGCGGGCUCCAUCUUCUCGAUGGAGACAGUCUGAACUGCAUCAACAGAGGCAAUCUGCGCUACCCCAAGACCAAGAAGUACCUGGUGACUGAGUGGUUGAAUGAUAAGGUCCCCGGAGCAGAGAAGCUCCACCAAGAUGUGCCUGUAGAGCGCCCGCUCCGGAUUACCACUGACCCCACGGUGCUGGCCACCACCCUCAACAUGCUGCCCGGCCUCUCUCACUCGUCGCUCAUCUGCACCGCCCCAAGACACUACGUCCGCUUCGGCUCCCCCUUCAACCCCGAGAGGCGCCGACCCCGCCCGCUCCAAAUGGACGGCACUUAUGGCUGCUACAAGAAGAGGUGGAUAAAGCAGGUGGAGGAUGAGAGCUGUUCAGCCAGUGUGGAGGACGGUACUGAGUCCACCUCCUCCCAGCAAAGCACCAGUAGCAGAUCCACCCCCAACCCCCUGUCCGGCGAUGUCAAUGCACCGUUUAAGAAGCGCCGCUCCAAGUUCAUUGCAGAGAGGACACCAGCCCCCUCGGACCACCUGCUCCGCCCGCUGUCCCCCAUCACACCCCCGCUCCCAGAGGACUCCCUCCAUUCGCAGCUCCUCACCCCCUGUGGCUCCCUGCUCCCUAACGGCCUGGUCUUCUCCCCCAUGCCCUCCCUGCCCGCCAGCCGCUGCAACACACCGCUGCAGUUUGAAAACAUAUCCUCCCCUGAGGCCUCUCCUGUUCACCGGCCGGAGUCCAUCUCUCCUGAGACAGACUUUGACCUCUCUCGGCCUCAGUUCCCCGACCUGUCCCUCCACUCCAGCCUGGAGAGCCCUGUGGCUGGGACCUCCGAUGACUUUUCCCUUCCUGGAGGCCCUUCAGAUUCACAGGGCCAAUCAUCUGUAGGGGCCUCUUCCCUGAAUCCUGCAUCCUGUCCCUCAGACCUUACCUCACAACAAAACAGGGAGCAGGCUUUCAGGACAGAGUUCAACCUCAUAUACACCUGCUCGCCCCUCAACGCAAACCUGGGGAACCCUGUGGUCCCUGAGCGCCACCUCUCCCAGUCAGAGGGAGGCUUUUCCCCAGCAGAGUCCUUCCACAGCUCCAUAAGCGGCCAGGGGCUGCUGGGAGACGCAGGCCCCGGCUCCAUGUCCCCCUACGGCGAGCCUCAUUACGGGGGGGGCUACCCGGACAGUGGCACGCCUCCUCACACCAGCAACCCACCACAAAAGAAGAAGAGGGCCAACCAGCAUACCAUUAGUCUGCUGACAGGGAAGCCAGAUUACCAGGCUAUAGCUGUAAGAAGUGAAUACAAGCCAGUACAAAAUAUGGUGUCUCUGCUGGAGUACCGUAAGAGGAAGCAGGGCAGCGGCCGCGACUCGGAUCCCACCGGCAGCAGCUCGUCUCUGGGCGGGACUCCCACACGCCCCAGCCUCCAUUACAGCCAGGACUCCCAUCAUCAGCACAUGCAGCCCCCCCCAGCAUCCCCACACAGCUCCUUCUCAGCACACACCUCCUCCGCCCCACAGAUGGAGGAGCUCAGUUCUUCAGACCAGCAGGGCCCCCCCCGACACCGGGACAACAACAACCAGUGGAUGGUGCCCACUGAUGUUGAGCGUCUGAGGGAGGGUCAGGGCGUUCUGGAGCGAGUGCUGCGCAGCAUCAAGAUGGAGCGCGGCUACAAGAGGAGUGACGGCUCCUCAGAAAAGGAAUCUGAUGCAGAUCGAUAUGAGGUGGGGGGAGCGUCUCCUAUGAAGAGCCCCCACAGAAACAGCCCCUCUGUAUACUCUCAGCAGUCCUCAGAAAGCUUGCGUCAGACGGACAGCCCCUCCUUCCUCCAGCAGACCUCCAAUUUUCCAUUCCGGGGUUCUUACAGUCCGUCAUCAGGCCAGAACUUCUACUCCCGCCUCUCCUCCUCUCACCCUCCAGCGUCCCAGGACCACCCUCCCUCCUCCUUUCACACCCCCACCCCCACGUCCUCCUCAGACUGCAGGCUUCCAGCUCUGAACCAGCAGAGCGGCAGCAGCAGCGUGGACGGAGGCUACAGCAGCGCUCACUUAAAGGCGAGCCUUUUGAACAGCAGCGGCCCGGCGGAGACCCCCACCCCGGGCCCCAGGGCCCACGGGCAGACUAAGAUAGACUCGGGCGCCCAGUCCUCCAGGGGGGGGCAGGUGUCUCGCACCCUUAAGGCGGGCAGCCCAGGCCAGGCGGCGCUGCAGGCCAGCUCCAGGCUGCUGUCGGCCCCCGGACCCUCACACUACCCACAGCGGGGGACGAGCCUCGGUCAGUUCCAGCACUCCCCCCUUCAGGGGCCCGGAGUUAGGACACAGUCAGGAAGCUUUUAGGACCUUGUUCAAGUGUGUGUGUGUGUGUGUCUGUAUAUGUGUGAGUGUGUGUGGGUGAGUGUGUAUGAAGCUGCGUACCCCCCUGCCCCUGGAGCUACGGUGAGAUGGGGCUCUGGGAGUUUAGGGGGGGAAAUGUACAGACCUAAGAGGAGCAAGGACUUCUUUACGGAUUCCUCCUUUUAUUAUUUUCUGUCUUUUCUUUCUUUAUUUUCCGAAGAAAACAAACGACCACAUUCUGCACAAAGCUAGUCACUGACUUUGGACUUCACUAGGAAUCGGUGGGAAGCGGUUUAGAAAAAAACAGAAAUCACAUGUAACUUGAAAUUGUCCCCAGUGUUCCUCAUGUGCCGGACUGUGCAAACAGGCUCUCUAAUGUCGGGAAGUUAAAACCUCCACACAAAUGUCUGUACAUAAUAAGUUCUACAAAGUCGUACCUGUCGCCAUGGUACCCAGGGUUGAUAAGUGCUCAGAUGCAUAACUGAAAGCAAGAGUUGUUUAUUUUAAUUUUAUUUCUUUCCUUAUUUUUUGAUUUGGCGAGUGGCCGAGUCUGUGCUGCAGUAAAGAGGUUUGGUUUGGAAAGGGGGGGGGGGGGACAUGAUGCAAGCAGAGAGGACAUGUUAUUCAUCCGUUCUACAGAUGCAUUAGAGAUGGGGGAGGAAAAGACUCCCUGGAUAAGAUCAUUCCAUAUGAUUGUUCUCUCAGCCUUUUUUCUCAAGGUUCUCCGUUGGUUCCAAUGUUUUGUUUUGGUUCUCUUCUGUCCUCUCAUCCCCACGGGACUGUUGAGGACUGCCGUAGACCUCUGAAAUUGUACUUGAGACAUAACGGUCUUAUGAUUCAUGGUGCUGCAUUCUUGUUUUUUCCAAUAAAUUUGAAAUCCAGUUAUGUUCCCCACA